CUUUUUCAGAUGGAUGUCAAAAAUGCAUUCCUUAAUGGGGAUUUACAUGAAGAAGUUUAUAUGCAACCUCCUCCUGGUCUCUCUGUUGACUCAAACAAGAACUCAAGGAUUUUCUUAGUCAGCAAUUUGAGAUGAAAGAUCUUGGACAUCUCAGCUACUUCUUGGGUCUUGAAAUCACUCAUUCUACUGAUGGACUUUAUCUUACUCAAGCUAAGUAUGCUUCUGAGCUCUUGUCUCGAGCUGGACUCACUGAUAGCAAGACUGUUGACACUCCAGUUGAGCUUAAUGCGCAUCUGACUCCCUCAGGGGGGAAACCAUUGUCCAAUCCCUCUCUUUACAGACGAUUGGUUGGCAGCCUAGUUUAUCUCACAGUUACUCGUCUAGACAUCUCCUAUGCUGUUCAUCAGGUGAGCCAGUAUCUGUCUGCUCCACGAUCAACUCACUAUGCUGCUGUUCUGCGCAUUCUUCGAUACUUGAAGGGCACCCUCUUUCAUGGCCUUUUCUACUCAGCUCAGUCUCCUCUUGUACUCCGUGCAUUCUCUGAUGCUGAUUGGGCAGGAGAUCCUACUGAUCGCAGGUCUACUACAGGUUACUGUUUUCUCCUUGGUUCUUCUUUGAUUUCUUGGCGAAGCAAGAAACAAACCUUUGUGGCCCGCUCCAGUACUGAAGCAGAAUAUCGUGCUCUUGCUGAUACCACAUCUGAGCUCCUUUGGCUACGAUGGCUCCUUAAGGAUUUAGGUGUGUCCACCUCCUCUGCUACUCCCCUUUAUUGUGACAACCAGAGUGCCAUUCAUAUUGCUCAUAAUGAUGUCUUUCAUGAACGGACUAAACACAUCGAGAUUGAUUGUCAUUUUAUCCGUUAUCAUCUUGUCCAUGGUGCUCUUAAGCUUUUCUCCGUCUCCUCCAAAGAUCAACUUGCAGAUAUCUUCACCAAGUCACUUCCUAAGGGACGCACUCGUGAUUUGGUUGACAACCUCAAGUUGGUCUCACAUCCACCUUGAGUUUGAGGGGGGCUGUUAACGUGUAUUGUGUUAUGGGCUUUAGGCCCAAUUAGGUUACUUGUAUAGCACACUUGUACUUGUACUACACUCUACUUGUACUGCACACAUAUGCCUCCUAUAUAAAGGCAGUGAUGUAUAUUCUUUUAUUCAAGAAAUACAAUACAAUCAUUCAGUA